AGGACAGGGUCAUGGAGUAAGGGAGGGGAAAGGAACAGCGGGGAAGGGUUUAGGGAUGCAGACGAUCAGGAGAUGAAGAUUGAAGAAACGAACUUUUAGAACAAAGAAUCAGAGAUAGAUGGUCACAGUAAAGCAGAGGAGCAGAUGAAGGUGGACACCCUACACAAUCUGGCAAGGCGUGGCACCUGACUUCACAGCAACCAAGUCAUUCACAGCAGCGAAUAGACUGGUCUAUAAAUGCAUUGGUCCAUUGUGGAGUAUAUUGAGCAAAGCACUUAAGGAGAGGAGACAAUGGAGGAAAGUAGCAGCGCACUGUCGCCAUUGCUGGACGUUGAUGAAUCAUCGGCCGCAUCAGAGGAGCUGCUGCGCCGGGAACACCUGCCAUGGAACGUUCUGUCGCGGCUGGCGGCAUGGGAAGCCGGCAACCUGUGGCGCAUCUCGUGGGCGUCCAUCCUCAUCACGCUCUUGAGCUUCACCCUCAGCCUCGUCACCCAGAUGUUCGUCGGCCACCUCGGCGAGCUUCAGCUUGCUGGCGCCUCCAUCACCAACAUUGGCAUUCAGGGCCUAGCCUAUGGCAUCAUGAUUGGCAUGGCGAGCGCGGUGCAGACGGUGUGCGGCCAGGCGUACGGCGCCAGGAAGUACAGGGCCAUGGGCAUCGUGUGCCAGAGGGCGCUGGUGCUCCAGUUCGCGACGGCCGUCGUCAUCGCCUUCCUCUACUGGUACGCCGGCCCUUUCCUGCUGCUCAUCGGGCAGGCCGCGGACGUGGCGGCGGAGGGGCAGCUGUAUGCUCGUGGUUUGGUGCCGCAGCUGCUCGCAUUCGCGCUCUUCUGCCCGAUGCAGAGGUUCUUGCAGGCCCAGAACAUCGUCAACCCCGUGGCGUACAUCACGCUGGCCGUGCUGAUCUUCCACGUCCUCAUCUCGUGGGUGGCCGUGUUCGUGCUCGGGUUCGGGCUCCUCGGCGCGGCGUUGACGCUGAGCUUCUCCUGGUGGGUGCUCGUGGCAUUGACGUGGGGGUUCAUGGUCUGGACUCCAGCAUGUAAGGAGACGUGGACUGGACUGUCUGUGCUCGCGUUGAGGGGGCUAUGGGGAUACGCCAAGCUCGCCUUCGCGUCAGCCGUCAUGCUAGCGUUGGAGAUUUGGUAUGUGCAAGGAUUUGUCCUUCUUACUGGCUUCCUCCCCGACCCAGAGACUGCACUUGAUUCUCUCUCUAUCUGCAUCAAUUACUGGAACUGGGACUUCCAAAUCAUGCUUGGUCUGAGCUAUGCGGCCAGUAUUCGUGUUGGCAAUGAGCUUGGAGCGGGCCAUCCAAAUGUAGCACGGUUCUCGGUCAUUGUGGUUAUCACAGCAAGCGUCGCCUUCAGCAUUCUGGCUACAGUUGUAGUCAUAGUUCUGAGGUAUCCACUGAGCACACUCUACACGAGCAGCACCACCGUGAUCGAGGCUGUCAUUACUCUGACACCAUUGCUAGCUAUCAGCAUCUUCUUGAAUGGAAUUCAGCCAAUCCUGUCAGGAGUCGCCGUCGGCAGUGGAUGGCAAGUGGUGGUUGCCUAUGUCAAUGUUGGUGCCUACUACCUGAUUGGUCUGCCAAUUGGAUGUGUCCUAGGAUACAAAACGAGUCUGGGAGCAGCUGGGAUCUGGUGGGGAUUGAUCAUAGGGGUCUCUGUGCAGACGGUAGCUUUGAUCAUUAUCACAGCCAGGACUAACUGGGACAAUGAGGUGGCCAAGGCGAUUCGGCGACUGCGGCAAACCGCCGUGGAUGAUGGCACGGUUCCCAUCGUCGACGGCAUCGAGUGAUCUGCUCUGCUGUGCCUCCCUGCGAAUGGAGCUGAAGACGGCCAUAACGGGACUGAUAUGGAAGCUCGGUGUGGCCAUGCAAGGAUUUCCUGUGUUCUUUAGCUUUUUAAUUUUCAGUUUGUUGCAAUUAGUUUUCAGAUUCUGGACAAUUCUCUUGUAGUAUCACGAUCGGUAGACGGAAAAAAUGGUUUAAUUUCGUACAACUAUAAUAUGUGCGACGUCAUAGGUUCGUUCAUUUAUUAGAAUAAGCGAAACAACUUCUCAGGAAUAGAAAUUGUGGG